AUGGCACCGCUGCUCCUGCUGAGCCUGGCGCUAGCCCUCUCUGCGGCCCAGGAGUUCAAUCCCCGCGUGGUCGUGCAGAGGAACUACGACAUGGCCAGGGGGGAGUGCGUGGCCGUGGCCGUGGUCUGCGAGAAGACGGAGAAGGACGGGGAAUACUCCGUUGCCUAUCGGGGGGAGAACAAGGUGCUGGUGUCGGAGACCGACUAUGACCUGUACGUCACCUUCUACCUCCAGAACAUCAGGAACGGCACUGAGACCCACGUGCUGGCACUCUAUGACACCUGCAAAAAAUAUGGACUUGGUUCACAAAAUAUCAUCAAUAUGAUUGACCAGGAUCAUUGCUACUCCUAG